AUAUGUUAGGUAAAGGGCCAGAGACUCUGUAUGCGGGGCAGAAGCUGAAUGAUAAUGAGUGGCACACAGUGAGAGUGGUCCGGCGAGGGAAGACCCUAAAACUGACCGUGGAUGAUGAUGUAGCAGAAGGUACCAUGGCGGGUGACCACACCCGUUUGGAAUUCCACAACAUUGAGACUGGCUCCAUGACAGAGAAGAGAUUUGCUUCGGCCGUACCCUCUAAGUUCAUCGGGCACCUCCAGAGUCUGAUGUUCAAUGGCUUACUUUACAUCGACCUGUGCAAGAACGGCGAUAUCGACUACUGUGAGCUGAAGGCACGGUUUGGCCUGCGUCCAAUCAUCGCAGACCCUGUCACAUUUAAGACCAAGGCCAGCUACCUUACCCUUUCCACCCUCCAGGCCUACACCUCCAUGCACCUCUUCUUCCAAUUCAAGACCAUCUCAUCCGACGGCUUCAUCUUAUUCAACAGCGGGGACGGCAAUGAUUUCAUCGCAGUGGAGCUGGUGAAGGGGUAGGAGCAGAGGCCAUGUUGGAUUAGGGAAA